AUGCCGAAGGGGAGAAACAGGUCGGGCACACCCAGAACCGGAGAGACGGAGCUGUUAUCGAUAAUGAUGCAGAACCUGUCCAUCAACGUGAGCAACGCUAUCAUCAGCUCCGACAAGGUGAUCGCGACCAAGUGCUCGGUCUGCGCUGCCAUCCCGUACUUCUGCGACUGCCCGAUGCCAAAGCCGGACACCACCGAGAUGGCGAUCAGACACUCGGCGAUCAAGCUCAACACGUACGCGACUGUGGCCAUGCUCGACGACGGGAAGGGAGAUGCAAUGACGCUGAGGUACGUCGAGUCCUUGAUCAAGCGCAGGUUCGAAACUCAGUCCACGAGCAAAAUCGGCUCUACCCACGUCGACUUGCCAAAGUUCGCCUCUACGGCUGAGAUCCUGAACUCGUCCUUGACCACGUCUAUGUGCACGGGUGGGCUUUAG